AUGAGCUGCACCGCACUCCCGUCCGACGAGGCGGAGAUGAACGUGCUGUACCACAAGAUUGAGCGCCUCGACAAUGACCUCAAGAAGCGGGAGAUGCAUCUCGCCGAGCUGAUCGACGAGGUCGUGUACGCGGAGGACAAUAAGGACAAGGCCGUGCGUCGCGCCGAGGCGGCCCGCUAUCUUGUCAACCAGCUUGAGAACGUUGUGCAGGACCUGCUGGGGUACCUGAAGGUGCUCGAGGGAAACGUGCUUCUGCCGGCAUUUCUUGAUCUGGCCAGCGUUGUUCCACAGGAUCCGGUCGUCAAUAGGGAAGUGAUCGACGAAACUCUGCAGAAGAUCUCCGAAGACAGCUUAACAUCACGGACUAAAAAACUCAUUAGUGCGGUGAGGGAGCUCCCUUCCAAGACAAAGAACCGAGCAGCACGUGAGGCUUUUAUGCGCAACGUAGCUGAAGAGUCGGUAAAUGUAGAAGACACCAUUGUGCUCAGUGGUCUGCUGCUGGAGAAGAAAGAUGAGCUCACUGCACUUCUAGAUGAUUUAAGGGAUCGUGUGCGGGCCAUGCUGCAAGGCAACCACUCCGAAUUAGUUGCAGGUGUAAGGAGCCGAAGUGUGAGUGCCGGUGGGAACAUAUCCCCUGACUACGAUGAGCUUCGCGAACAACUGCGUCGCGUGACAAAUGAGCGGGACGACCUCCAGCGUUUGGCGUCCAAGAGCGAAAACUCUGCGAGCAUCAUCCGUGUACUUCAAGAGGAUAGGAAAGAGAUGGAGGAGCAGCUGUCAAAAGCACAUCAACAGCUCUUGAAGGAGGAGUUAAAGUCGAGAAGGUUGAGGGAACAGGUGGAGACGCUGGAGCAGAGCGUAGAGCAGCAGAAGCACGAAAAGGAACUGUUGCAAGGGGAGAUCAAGGAACUCAAGCGUGAGCAAGUCAACUGGAGUCGCUCAUGCGCUGAGGAACGACGUGUGGAUGAGGAGGUGCAGCAGCUACGGGCCGAAUUGGAUAAACUGGUUUCUGAGCAUUCCGCAG